UGCUUUCUUGCUCACGUCGUAUUUCGUAUCUGAUCUCGUUGGUUGUUGUUUAAACUAUCUCUGGUGUUGAGAACCGAUGCAGUGCUCAAGGGGUGUAUAAUCAAUGCAUUAAAAGUUGCGGCAGACUGCAGAUUCUGUUUGAAAUCUUCCAAAAACAUUUAAAAACACUUUUCAUGACAGCUCAGUUCCAAUGAUUGACAUUAAACAACCCCGACUAUUCUUCCAGUAUUUCUUUCAAUUCUUCAUCAUUUUUGAUAUCCGGCCUUUCCGGAUCAAACUCUUCAUCCGCAAUUUCUGCCUCAAGCUUGGGAUCGACCUUUUCGCCCGUACGCUUUUCGUGGAGCUUGUGAAUGCAAGUACGGUCGAUUUAGUUGAGGGUAUCACUGAGCGGACUCUUACAAGAUGGUUGAACUGCAAACCUCGGCAAAUUUCUCUGCAGCAUGAAGCCGGCCUUUCGGAUAGUUGCCUUGAUUAUGGGCUGCGGCCUACAAGACACAAAACCUGAUUGAAUCUUCCACUCGUUAUAUUUAAAGCAACUAAACACUGCAUUGGAACCUUGUAGGAACGCUCUCGACGACCUUCGGGAUCGUCUGCCUCAGCGGGAAUCGUAGCCGUUGAUGGAUGGAGACUCAUUUUAACUUGUUAUUAAGGCGCUUAUUUGGCUCAUUGUUGAGUCGAUGGGCGUCACAAUCGGCAAGCCCGCAACUGAUCGUUACGUACAACCAUCGUUCUCAUCACGCAAGCUCCAUGGCCAACAGUACUAACGAUAUUCGGCACGUACCCUGACACUUGUGUCAAGAUUCACAUCACAUAGUGUGGAGCACCCCCUCUAUCGCUCAAAACGGUGUGGCAUGCAUGUAAUGUUUUUUUUUUUAAACUGCGGUGAGGCGCAUGCCAAAGGUCUAUAAAAGGGGGACCUUCUGUCUCUUUCCUCUUGUUUCUUUAUCCCUCGACUCAAAGCAUCUGCCCAACUCUCAUCAGUCAUGAGAACGCCGAUGUGGUGGUGCCGAGGACCUCGACCGCCCGACAGCAAUCGUGAUCAGAACCAGCGGCAACCAAUUGGAUCCGAUAACAAAGCCUACUAUUAUGCUGCUACACUUGUUGAGCUUGGUUGUCUCCAAGUCUUGUCACUGAACAUCCUCUGGCUUGUGACGCUGCCCAGUCGAUUCGCUCCUGGAUGCAAGAGUCUGGCUUCAGUGCCAUCAAGAAUUCCAGAUCAAGGCCUAGUAGGGACCGCGUGUGGUGGUGGACAAUUAUCCGGUUAGAACCAACCGUUACGUAUUGCGUGUAUAAUUGCCUAGUAGUAGCUUAGUUAGCUUUUCCGAACCGGUUGUCGCCGGUUUAUUCCCUGGUGUAGUAGCUAGUGCCAUUUUCUGUCACCUCUACACUAAAGGCUACCAUGAAACAUUGUGAUUUGCAACCAGAUAACAAUACAAUACAAUGGUAAAAUAAAAAGACAGUCAAUCCAAAAGAAUGAAAAAGGAGAAACGUGAAAACGUGUUCUAUGUAACAAGCAA